UAACAUUUUUACACACAGUUUUACAGAUUACGAAUAUUGCUCUGAACAUGCCAACAUACAGCAGCGACAACUUCGACAAGUUUUCCUUGUCGUCUAAUGCCGUCGACGGUAACCUUGAUGGUAGUCGGCUUCAUGGUAGCUGUUUCACAAGCAACGUGUCACCGAUGUGGUGGAUGGUGGACUUCCUGGACAUGUACAAAAUCACGACUGUCACCAUACAGCGAAGAAGCGAUGGACAGUGUAAAAUUUCAAAUUUCUAUUAAACAUUUACCUCUGUCUUUUGAAACUCUUUAAAGUCUAAUUUGAUAUAUGCAUUACAAAUGUAGCAUAUUUAAACAGCUGCCCAGGCACUGACACAAAAAGGAAGGUUGUGACUAAAGCGAACAAAGAUAGGGUAAGGUUGUCUGUUUAUUUGGACGCUAUUAAACCCCUUAGCAAACUGCAACCACUAUUUUCCAAAAUUCCCUGUGUACUUUUGAAAUCAUUCAUUUGCGUUUUAGUUCAUCGUUUCAGAGACUUGGCGAUCGUAGCGUUCAGAAAAGACCCCCGACAUUAUCCCAGGAUGGCCCCCAUAAUCUGUACAGAGAAGAGGGGAGCCCUAGGGGCCAUGGAAACUCUGCCCUGUGAUGAGCCAGUAGUGGCUAGAUUCGUAAAGAUCCAACGGUUGCCUAUCUUCAGUGCUCACCUGACGAUCUGUGAAGUUCAGGUUCGUGGUGAGCGGUGUAUUGCAGAAGCUAAAUCUACAACUAAAUCCACCAACAUCAAAACAAUCAGGGGGUACAUGAACGUUGGCCCAAAUUCUAGCACAGACAUCACGGGCUCGAGUCUUACAACAUGUGCAGUCACGUGUCUUUCUGAACACAGAUGCUAUGGAUUCAACUUUAACAGAGAUUCACACAGGUGUGAACUUGUAACGAGGAUGCCUUCCCAAAUACAUGUUGUUUCUGAUCAAAACUGGUUGCAUUACGGAACCAUGUGCAUAAUAUAUUCUUAGCUGUUUCUAUGGCAUGAUACAUGCCACACUGAUGCCAGAGGGCAACAACACUGACAAUGUCACUUCUGUCAAUUAC